GGCAAGCGCUGAUUGGCGGAAAACUUUACAGACAGAAGGCGUGUCGGAGACAAAACUGCACACUGGAGUUUGCAACUUUGCACAAGACACGAGAAAGUAGUGGAAAUAAAACCUGUAUUAAAGGUGCUUCAGAGUUACCAGUUGCUGGACGGAGCCGCUAGGGGGCAAUGUCUGAAAACAGCAACAGUGCCAAUGGCAACAGCUGGACUGUUCUUACCCCAGUGGUAAAGGAGUCUGGAGUUGAGAAUGUGGGUCCGGUAGCUGAAGGUCUUAAGGUCGAGGGGCAGCUCUCAAAAGCACCUGAGCCCCCAUCGGAGACCAACAGUGACCUGAAGAAGCACUCCUCUGAAGCGUCUGCUCACCAGCCAGAGACAGAGACAUCAUCACAGUUGCAGUUGGACCCAGCGCUCACCCAUGGGUCAGAACAAGCACAGGAAACUCAGGUAACAUCUCCAGAGAGUGAGGGUCGGGCGCAGCUGAAUGUGGCACAUGUCAAUGAAGACCCCAGCUCUGUCAGUGCCACUGUUGAGGACGUCAGCUCCUGGACCACUGACCAUGAGGAGCGAGAAGCCCUUACAGGUCACUCAGAGAGCCCAGUUUCUCCUGGCACUGGCAGCUUGACAUCUAAAGAAGUGUUAGAGACAAACAGGAAGGAGUGGGAUGGUUUACGAAAGAGAAAAAUCUCCCACCUGAGCUCUUUGGACAAGACUGAGGCAGAUGAUGAUGAAGAGGAAGAGGAGGAAGACUUUCAGCCCCCUCAAAGAGAGGAGGAAACAGUCUUUUCUUUGAACAAGUGCAUCCUUGCAGCUGUCAUUCUUCUAGGACUAGGAACCAUUUUUUUCUCGGAAGCAGACAUGGAUGUUAAAGAGCUGAAGGAUCCAACAAAUCAGGAGUGGCUCAACCCUGAAGUCUCCAGAGACACACCUGUUGGUCUUCAGCCUCCAGAUAUUUUAAACAAACAGGCAAAGGAAGAUCAGCAAAUAUUGGUACUACAGGCACAACUUCAGCAACAUCAAGGUGAACUGAAAGCAGCACAGCUUCUGGCAGAGGUGGGAGAGAAAGAGCGUGUGAGGAGAGAAGAGCUGGAGAAGGAGUACCAGAGGAUAAAAGGAGAACUAGACAGAGUACCUGCUCUUCAGAAGGAGCUGGAGCAAGAGAAUGAGAGAAUGAAAGAAGAAAAUGUGAGAGCAAAGAAAGAGCUGGAGGCCCUGCCAUCACUGCAGAGAGAACUGGAGCACCUGAGAGCCAAAGUUUCACAGCUCACACAGAGCACAGAAGGAGCAGAACCUGUGCAUCCCGUUGCAGCCUCUCAGAUUCCCCCUGCUGGAGACAAAAGAGAUGUACCGCCCAUAGAAAGACAAGACAUGAAGCACAGGAAGACUUGGGACAAAAAGAGUGAGGAGAAGGAACAAAGCAAAGGAGACAAAGAAUGGAAAAAGAAGAAAAGUGGAAAAAAGGAAGAAGACAAAGAAAGGAGCAAGCGAGGAACUGAGGGAGAACAUACUAAAGAACAGAAGGACUGGAAAAAAGAUAAAAGCCACCAAGAAGAAGGUAAAUCAGGGAAGAGAAAAGAGGGGAUAAAGGACAAAAAACGAGAUGAUGGUAAACUGGGGAAAGAAAGUGAAGACAAGAAAGAUUUCAAAGCGUGGCAAGAGAAAAAAGAAUGGAAGGAAGAUAAAAAUGGGAAGAAAGACAAACAUGUUGGACAGGAUGAGAGGAGGGGAGACAAAAAGGACUGGAAGGAUACUGGGAAAAAGAAAGGGAAAGAGGGAAAGGAAUGGAAACUGAGAGGGGAGAGGAAAGAUGACAAAGACUGGAAAAGCGAUAAACAGAGUGCUGGGAAUGAACAGAAAGAACGGAAAGAAAAAAAAACAGAUGAAUGGAAAGGUGAAAAGGAGUGGAGAAAGGAAAAGAGUGAGGGAAAACACAAUGAUAAAACAGAGAAAAAAUGGAAAGGAGAGAGAGAGUUUGGUGGAAAAGAAAUGAAGGAAAAGCAUUGGAGAGAGAAAGAAAGAGAGUCAAAAGAUGAAGAGUGGAAAAGAGAGGGAAUAAAGGAGGAGAAAAAAAACAAGGCAUUCUACCAUAAAAAUGAGGGGAAAAGGAGUACUAAUGAAAAGGAGAAACAGCAGAAGGAGAGACAUGGGCAUGGAGCACCACACGAGACAACCUCCCAUCACCAUUCCGACCAUGAGAACUAUUGGAGCAAACAGAGAGAGCGGAUACAGCACUAUAAUGGGCAGCGGGAGACGUGCAGCGGUGUGGCAGACUGCGCUCGAGUCGAGGGGCUCUCUCCAGUCGGCCUGCAGGACUUCGAAACACUUCUCCAAUCCUACCUGAACAAGCUCCAGGAUGCCGAGGACCAGACCUCCAGGGAAGAAGAGCUCCGUAAGCUGGUGAAGGAGUUCUUCACGGAUGGAGUGUUCGCUCAUGAUCAGAUGCCGUUCAGUGAGUUUGUGGAAGAUGUGGGGGACAUUCUGGAGGACAUGGCUGAAGGUGAAGACAGCGACAGCGAGAGAGAGGAGAGCGAUGACGAUGAUGACGAUGAGAUGGAGGAAUUUGAAAAGGAGGCAAUGGAGAAAUUUGCACUUCCAAAGGAAGUGAGGAAGGUUGAGAGGAAGGGAGAGCAGAAGAAAGAGAGCGGAAGAGUGAAAGGUUGAAGAAUCCUCAAGGUGAAAGGUACAUCUGGAAACUAUCGGGCCUGAUUUCCUGCUUAAUAAUGUGGAGUGUCAUUUCUAAAGAGCAUAUUCAUUUUGAUCAUUAAGGCUUUGCUUUUUCUUUUCAUAGAUAAAGCACUACUGUAAGGCCUCAGUGAUGAUGGUGUCCUUCUUUAAACACUGUUCUUCUCACUUGUCAUUUUUACCUUUAUCUGAACAUGUUAUACAAUAUGAGUCGCCUGCUCUGUCAUCUAUAGAUCUGGGGCUGGAUUCAAGAAACUUUCUUAAGAAUGAAACUUGUAACUUUUAUUUUCUUAUUAUUUUCUGUUUUAAGAAAUGUUAAGAAUAUUGUGUCUUACCAACAAGAAUUUUUAAGAAUCUUUUGUUUUUCUUAAGAUGGUUCUUUAAAAAAAAAAAAAAAAACUGACAGAGAAUUAAAAUUUUGGAAAAUGUUAAAAAUCAUUGUAAAUGUCAUCUUCAAAUUAGGAUAUAGACUGCAAGGAUGUUUAAAAAAAAAUACAUGGGACCAUUCAAAUAUUUUAAUAUUAAGCAUUAUAAUACUAGAUCCAUAAUACAUAUUACUACUACAGUAUAUUUUACUUUAAUAAUCUAGCAUACUUGUAAGUUUGUUGGAUGUUUGUUCUAGAUUAAAGUUAGUUAUCAGCCGAGAAAGAGACAGAAAACCCUUUUAGAGAUGAUGAGGUGCUUGCUAUUUAAAAAAAAAAAAAAAUUAAUAUUUGAAUAAAUUUAUCUGUAAGAUUUGUAGUAUUCUGUUUGUUGUAAUAUAAGAAAAAUUUAACCUCAAUUGAAGGUUAGUAUACAAUCAGACAAAGUCAAAUCAUUUUAUCAUUAAAAUGAUUGAUCAUUUUGUCAAGAUAUUCCUGAAUCCAGCUCCAGGAAAACAUGCUGACAGAGGGAAUGAUGUCAGGAACUGAGUUUUCUUGGGACUGAUCUACUGUUAUGAGUUAUGGCACAUCAGGUGUAUAUUUAAGACCUGGCACAUCUCGCACAAAUAUAAUAUUUGUCUGGGAAUAUUCAUCAGAAGAAUGUAGUUCAGUGUUGAGUGUGAGAGUUACAGUCAAAGCUCAUUUGUGAUAAUGUUCUUAUUUUGUCUCUUAAAGUAGUCACGUAACUAUCCAUGUGCAUUUUAAGAUCUUACUUGGCUUAUACUCUGUGUACAGAUAUUGAAUAGAAUUGUUCUGAUAGACUAUGUUAGAGUUUUAUUAAUGUUCAUAAUUUUUAUUAUGCUCUGCUUUUUUUUUAAAUUCUUUAAAUUAUUUUGUUUGUCAUUAGGGUUAGGACUUAAAACCCAUUGUUUUUUUAUUUGUUUGAGAGUUUCACCAUUAAUUAUUAAUUUUAAUGGAGGAGAACUUUAGUAAAUAACAUGCCUGUAUUGUCUGGCCCUUUUGUAAUUGAUAAAAAAUGUGUUGCUAUAGCCAACAAAAAUAUAAGCAAAUCCUUAAAGAAAAGUGCCAGCCAUCUUAGUUUUAUGGUGAGUGAAGGUUUGUCAUUUUAAGGUGUGUAACAUGUGUUUUUCAUCUGAAUCCUAUUGCACUUGUGUCGAACUAUAUACGCUGUCAGGCAAAACUGCUUGCACAUUUACAGAUUUCACAGAACCUGUGCUUUGUUGAACUAUCUAAUGCAAAAUCUCUAACUACUUAAAGGCAGCGUGUAGAAGUUUGUCACAGACCACUAAAUAGUAACAAAAAGCACAACACAGAUAAAUGUAAUACUUAAAGCAAUUUGCCUUUUUUAAGUUUAAUUGCUGAAGUUCAGAUGGUUAUGUUGGUAGUGGGAAAUGUUUUUGCUGUAAAACUUUUUACAGAAUAAAGAGGUGCAUGCGGUUA